AUGCUCCCCACCUCAGAUGCUCAGGCAGUACUUCGAAUGUGUGACAACCUAAAAUUGGAAGCUCGGUUAAAGACAACCCGCCUAACCCUGGCCCGUUUCCUGCUGAUGGCUCGACGUGGAUACCGGGACCCACCCUACCACAACUGGACGCAUGCAUAUACGGUGGCCCACUUCAUUUAUCUAUGCCUGCGCCGAUUGCCGCUGAUGGAGAAUCAACUAACCGAGCUGGAAGCAAUCGCAAUAUUUGUUGCUUCUCUCUGUCACGACAUUGAUCACCGAGGCACCAACAAUUCGUUUCAGGUGAAAAUACUUAAAAAGGCCUCUGGUGGCAGUUGCUAA